AUGCUGACUCAGCAUCUCAUACCUGUAUACCGCAUUUCCUACCAGGUUACCACAAAACCUUAUCAGAAGUGCUCCCAUCACAGCCAUGAUGAUGUAGAAAGCCUUCUGUUUGGACCGGCUAACAUGGCCCCCUUUUCCAACCACCUCCCCUGGACCAAGGCGCUUGAGGGUGCAGAGAAUGAACAUGCCACAGACAGAGGUAAAAAUAAGAAAGACAACCAAAGCGCUAAAAUAGAAAAGAGAGUGGACAUCAGUGCUGGUGCGGAACAUUACAGCCAGCCAUCCAGAGCUCAGCACCCAAACGCAUGCAUUCAUGAUGUUCCUGAUCCUGGUCCACUGUGGCGUUCUCAGUCUCAGGUAGGUGAUGGGGUGAAUGACAGCCAGGUAGUAAUCCGCGCAGGACAAGAGGUGAAACAUGGCCUGUCCUAUGGUGGUGAAGAUCCACAUACCCAGCCCCACCUCCAUCAUCGCUGUUAUGGCUCCGUAGCCACCACAGAAGUAGAGGAGGAGGCCCAGGAAUUCAUUUAG